UCCUCCGAGUCCAUCGGCUCGCGCCCCGCCCCCGUUCCCGCUGCCCCCUCCCCUGUCGCGCGCUCAGGGGGUGUUUCUCGCUCCUCCCGGGUUGCCGCCGCCGUCGCCUCGGCUCCUCCUCUCCUAGUCUUGGGUUUCCCUGGCGCUACUGCCGCCGCUGCCUCUGCGGUCUGUAUGAGGAGGAGGAUGUGAAGAUGGCGGAGCUGCAGAUGCUGCUGGAGGAGGAAAUCCCGGGGGGCCGCCGGGCCCUCUUCGACAGUUACACGAAUCUGGAACGGGUGGCCGAUUACUGCGAGAACAACUACAUCCAGUCAGCGGAUAAGCAGCGAGCCCUAGAAGAAACCAAAGCCUACACCACCCAGUCCUUAGCAAGUGUUGCCUAUCUGAUCAAUACCUUGGCCAACAAUGUCCUGCAGAUGCUGGAUAUCCAGGCAUCCCAACUACGGAGGAUGGAGUCUUCAAUCAAUCAUAUUUCACAAACCGUUGAUAUUCAUAAAGAGAAAGUUGCAAGAAGAGAAAUUGGUAUUUUGACUACCAAUAAAAACACUUCAAGGACACAUAAGAUUAUUGCUCCAGCCAACCUUGAACGACCAGUUCGAUAUAUUAGAAAACCUAUCGACUAUACAAUUCUAGAUGAUAUUGGACAUGGAGUAAAGUGGUUGCUUAGAUUUAAGGUGAGUACCCAGAAUAUGAAGAUGGGUGGGCUGCCGCGUACAACACCUCCAACACAGAAGCCCCCCAGCCCCCCUAUGUCAGGCAAAGGGACACUUGGCAGCAGCGGGAGCAGUGGAGGAAGCCACCCGAGCAGCCGGAGCAGCAGUCGGGAGAACAGUGGAAGUGGGAGCGUGGGGGUCCCCAUUGCCGUCCCUACUCCCUCUCCUCCCAGCGUCUUUCCAGCCCCCGCUGGCUCUGCUGGUACUCCACCCCUUCCUGCUACUUCCGCAUCUGCCCCCACCCCUCUUGUUCCUGCAACUGUCCCUUCUUCCACUGCCCCAGAUGCUGCCGCUGGGGGAGCCCAGACCCUUGCUGAUGGCUUCACUUCUCCGACUCCCCCUGUUGUCUCUUCCACUCCCCCUACAGGUCAUCCUGUUCAGUUUUACAGCAUGAAUAGGCCUGCUGCUCGCCAUACACCCCCAACAAUAGGGGGCUCCUUGCCCUAUAGACGCCCUCCUUCCAUCACUUCACAAACAAGCCUUCAGAAUCAGAUGAACGGAGGACCUUUUUAUAGCCAGAACCCAGUAUCUCUUGCUCCUCCUCCUCCCUCCAUCCUACAGGUAACUCCUCAGUUACCUUUAAUGGGAUUUGUGGCCAGAGUCCAAGAAAAUAUUUCAGAUGCACCACCUCCACCGCCACCUGUGGAAGAACCAGUCUUUGAUGAAUCCCCGCCACCGCCACCUCCCCCAGAAGAUUACGAAGAGGAAGAGGCAGCCGUGGUUGAGUACAGUGAUCCUUACGCUGAAGAGGACCCACCGUGGGCCCCAAGGUCUUACUUGGAAAAGGUUGUGGCAAUUUAUGAUUACACAAAAGACAAGGAAGACGAGCUGUCCUUUCAGGAAGGAGCCAUUAUUUACGUCAUCAAGAAGAAUGACGAUGGUUGGUAUGAGGGAGUUAUGAACGGAGUGACUGGGCUUUUUCCUGGGAAUUAUGUGGAGUCUAUCAUGCAUUAUUCUGAGUAAAGCUCAGCAGGGCUGUCUCCCUCACAGGAAUAGUCAGGUCUUCCCAGAUUAUCGAAAGGCCCUGGGGAUUCCCCUCCAGUGAAAUGAAUGAAGGAUACAAAUGACAAAAGCUACCUUUUUUUUUUUUUUUUGGUUUAUCCCUCAGUAUUAAAACAAAAAAGCAAGCUGAAUUUGAACAAAUGGACCUUUCUGCCAUCACUUAUACUAUGCUGAGCUGUUUGGAUUGAAAUAAAGUGACGGUUUCUGAAUAUAUCAGAGGUAUAACAGUGUAACUAUGUGAAACAAAUCAGGUUAAGACUGAUUCAGAAAAAAAAUCUGGGAUCUUUCUCAGGAAUACUGUACACCCUUGGGAUUUCUCCUCCUGCGGAAUCUGUGGCACUGGAUGAUCUGCAGUGCCUGUGCUGAAGGUUAGCCGCGUGGCCCAGUGCGUGCCCCAGCCCCACACUUUCUUCCACUUGUAUGAGGGAGGGGGAACCAAUAUUUAAGUAUCAUACAUAACCAUUUUUGUAACUGUUUCAGAUGACCUAUUUCCUCUUCAGCACUGUAAAUUCUGCAUUUUCUCAGCACUUGAGUGCUCCGAACCAGUUAAUGUUGAGCUGACUUGCAUCCCUUCAUGUUUCUCAGUUCGUAGAUUAUGAGAUCGAUUUGAGUCUCCAUUCUGAGGGUGGUUUGGUCCUGCUGCUGCUGCUGCUGCUGCGUGAGACUGCAUUGCUGCUGAUGGCAGUGUACCCACAGGGGUGAUGGUGCAGCCGGUUUCACGAGCUCAGGUGGGCGUGCCGAGGUAGACAGGAAGGCUCCUAAGGUUCUAGAGAGGUGAACGGUAGGUAGAAGUGCCUUGCUCACGAGGCAUCCUAAACCCUGGCCUUAGGUGCUGUUUUGAAGAGUAGGAUCUUAGAAGUCGGACCAACUGUUUCUUUACUACUUUGACUAUUUAGGGAACAAAAUUUUUUUUUAAAUAGUUAUUUUCAAUUCUCUUGAGAGUCACUGGGAAUACAAGGCUUGCUCCUGUGCUCUCUGAAUGUUAUUAAUGGCAAGUGUUAGCUACUGUUGAAUUUGUUUACUGACUUAGAGAAGAUAACUAUUCCCCUGAUUCUGUGUGAUUGGCCUUUGCAGUAGCUGCUCUUGGUGAGAAUCUGAACCUUAAAUUUCAGAUUAAGAAUAGUGGGAUGAGUGGUAUAAGGCCAAGUGCUUAUCCAAGUUUUUGGUUUCUUUUUCUCAUCUGCACAAUUACAGCUUUGAAUUCAGUGGAGUUUGGAAGGCAGAUGACUUUAGUCAUCUCUUCUGUAAUAAGAGACACUGAAAAAAAUCCAGGAGGCCUGGCUGUUUGGCAGGUGAAUACUGUGAUGAGGCACCAGCUCACAGGCCACAGCUGCCAUGGGUCCUUUCUAGUCUCAGUGGCCUGGCCAGCAGGGAGCUCUGCCAGGUGACCUCCCAGGGCUGGAUGAAAGGUGAGAGGUGGCAGCUGUGUAUAUGUCAGACAUGGGCCUUGAACAGGACAGUGCAGGUGAGGAACGUGAAUGUAAAGUGAGCAAGUGUCGUAGGUGUGAGGGAGUUCAGACAGUGCAGACAGAGCUACUACUACUAGUACCAGAGCACAAAACUCAUCACCAUGUAACUGAGACCCAGAUACAGUGUUUCCUUAAGAUUUCUGUUUUAAAGUUGCAGGUUUUUUUCCUUACACAUUGCAGUUAGCAAAGAUUUCCCAGACACUGCAUUUCAUUUUCAUUAACUUGCCUCCAGUACACUGUAAACUACACUUCAUACUUUGUUAGGUCACCUUGAUACCCUUAAUUCCCUGCAAUUCCCUGUCUUCCUUCAAAGUAAUGGCCCUUGAGUGUCCUCUGAGCCUUCAGCUUCAUUAUGGAUGCAACCAAGACUGUACUUGGAGAGGUUAAACUUUUCCUAGUGUUGGUGUGUAACUAGGAAAACUGUUUUGAAAUUAGAUGUUAAAAAUUAUUUAAAUAGUUUUUUGCUGAGAAAGCUUAGUGGACUAAUAAAGCAGAAGGUAUUUCAAAAUCCAGCAAAUAGUUCCUACAGCUCCCACCUUCAGAAGCCCAGAAGGCAGCUGUGCAUAAAGAGUUGGUGGUGGUCAGCUUGCCCAUGGGACCCCUGCCGGACUCGGGGGCUGAGAUUCCGGUGAAGACCUGCAGCACAGGGACCCAUGGGUCAGCCAGUUUUCCCUGUAUUUUUUAGUACUAAUGUGUGUGUAGUUUUUUGUUUUAAAAACACCACCUUUUGGGUUUUCUGCAUAUUUUACCUUUUUUGUACAGUUUUAAAUUCUACAUAUUGUUUUGGAAGGAUACUAUGUCAUGAUGAUGGGCCAGGCUUAGAGUCAUUGGGGACUUCUAAUAUUUCAUAGGCUGCAUGUUAUUAAUAGUCUGAGGGAAGUAUUUGUUUUAUUGUAAGUUCACCCCAUUUUUAAAUAAGAUGGUUGGUAGGAAUUCUAAACGAGUGCAGAAAUUUUACAUGCUACGUAAUAUUGUGGCAAAGAUGAUUCAGGUAUAAAAUCUGCUGACCAGUAAGCAACCAUUUUUUUGGGCUAGAGGAGGUCCGUUUCCUCUUGAAGUGUUUUUGACUUGUGUCCACUCACUUUUGCCUUUAAAAAAAAAAGAGGGAGAGAUGUGACUUAAAAGUUGCUCCCUUUUUAAAAGUAUUACUAUUGGACAGGCCAUGGGGAUUUCAACAAAAGCAUACUUUUCUUGUUGACCUAAUGACCUAGGCAAUAAAUUGAAAACCAAAAUCUUGUCAAUCUAGAUUUGAGAUUGAGCCUGUUGUUUGACAUACGUAAGAAUCCUUUAAGGUGUCUGGUCUAGUGCUUCCCGUCUUUUGCCGACUUGCUUGCUUCCUUCCCGGGGGCCCUGCUAUUUCUCACGCAGCGUUAAGGACCUGCUGCUUUUGCUGUGUUCCUAAGAGUCACUGGUGAGGCGUUUUCCUCCCUCCUCGUCCCCUCCUGCUGCUGCUCGCUACCCAGCCAGAGAGGCCUUCCUGUCUUCACAGUGGCCUCUGUGCUGUAGCUGUGCCCCUCAGCAGUCUCACGACCACCAGGGUUUUUCUGAGGCAUGACGACGAUAGUAGUGUGUUUUUACCCUUUCGUGCUCCCUUUCUUCUAGCAGGCGACCAUUCUGCAUUAAGAACUGGUACUUUUUCUUUCACUACCUUUCUUCCUCUCUGGAGAGAGCAUGGCAUGACCUGAAGGCCACCUCUCUCUCUGAAAAGGCUUUGAUGGACGAGCUAGCAGGUGCUUGAUACAUCCUGGAAAAGAAUGGGGAUCUGCAUCACUUCUCAUCUGUUUGCUUCUGAACUUCUUUGCCAGAAACUCCUGAUCAGUGUUAAGGUGAUAAUUUCCCUCACAUGAUUUACUUAAGAGUUUUAGAGCUAGAUGAAAUUUCAGAAAUUUUAGUUCAGUCUCAUUUUACUGAUGAGGUUAGAUGUUUCAUUUCAGGUAACAGCUAGUUAACAACAGUAGAAUCCCUGACUCAGCGCCUGGUAUUCUUUCUGCAACUGUCUUAACUGUGUUAUAUGUUUAUUUUAAAGUUCUACUUGAUGUCUUCAGGAAGAUACUUGAAAAGUUAACACUAUGUUUCAGUUAAUACAAUUCAAAGUGUUGUUUAAAGGACUGUAUUGAGUGCAGCCUUAAUUAGUAAAAGUAAUCUUCAUUUUAACCCUUUUGACACUACACUCGGUACAACUGGUCUUUUUCAUUAGGUGUAUGUAGCUAAAAUGGUACAGUGUCUCAGCACUGGAAGGAGCAGCACAGCCUUAUCUGAGAGCCUUAGAAAACAGUUCUUGAAUGGAGGCAACGCGCUCAUUACCUUAUUUUGUGCUGAGCUUUGUUCUGAUUUGAGAAUCUCAUACUUAAAAAAAAAUUGACAAAUAAAAUGACAGGGCCUGUGUAUAAAUGAUCCUUGCUAAAUAUCUUGGUUUUUUGUAAAAAAUCAAACAAAAAGCAGACAAAAAGCUUAUUUUCACAUUAAAAUGGAAACGUCUUUUGCAAACUUUAGAAUUCUAUGGAAAAGCAGUUUUUACCAUAUUUUGUGUCCAUGCAUCUUUUUCUUAACAAAAUAGUUUACAGAAAAGAAUGUAAACAAUUUGUGAUCUGGCCAGUUGUGCUUACAGCUCCCAGAGGGAGGGUUGGGGUUACGCCUUCAGUAAAAACGAUGUAGGAAAACCUGAGGGAGCAUCUCUUGCCAGUAAUGUUUCUUGUGUGUGCCAUUAAACCACCUCCAGAUAAGUUGGGGGGACAUUUCACUUUUUAAUUUUGAAACUGUAUUUGGAAUUAAUUGUUGCUGUGUACUAAGAACUUGGCCUAAAUAAAAUCCUACAAGGUAUA